AUGUACUUGACGAAAAUCGCAGAUGCCAACCCACCAGAGCCAGCAACGCCAGGCGACAGGAGCAAAGACCUGUGGUGGAAGUCUAUUGUAGAGGCCUACGGGAACAACGACCUAGAACUCGGUAGGGCGAUGCUCCACGGGUUCACGAUGAUGUACGGCACACCCCCGUACGAUCCAGAGGCACUGAGAUCCAAAAGGCUGCAAACACGAGUCGAAACGCCUGACGAGAAUCAGAUCGACGCACGCCCGAAACGACUGAGAUCAGCAUCGCUGGUAGCAGGAGGCAGUGACACAGAGGAGGUCCAAGCAGACACUGCAAGGGACGAACUCACCUCAAGAGCGUCAAAGGCGAAGAGGAAAGACCGCGACAUCAAAGACCUAGUAGACCCGGAGAGCGAAAUUAUAUUUGUAGACAAACAAUUCUCAAAUAACAACCUGUUGCAACUGUCGGCGGGAAUAAACCAACGCAUGACAAAGCUAAGAGCCUACGUACCACUCACGGUGUUCAACCUAGAAUGGAUAGACAAGGAUUUCGUGAAGGCCGGAAUGAAGAAACCGAAAUCAGUGAAGGAGUUGCAGGACGGAGACAAAGUCUUCACUUACACGGGUCUCACACCGAAGGACGAGCUCCUAAUGACAUAUGGGGAGUGGAUCGACGCCAUAGAUCUCUUCAUAAGAUACGUCGAGGAGAGAUACCAUAUGGGUACAACAGCCAAGAUGCUGAAGAAGCACAAAGAGAAUGUGAUCAAAAUAAGGAGGUCCACUGCGUGCUGGAUGGUAGCACUACGCUACUGCAUGAAAGUGCGACGACUGGUCAUGCAGAUACAGCUCGGAGAAUCCGGGAAGAGAGAGAUGUGCAACGCCGGGGCGUUACAAGAGGACCUACUAAGAGCAGCAAAAGACAAGGCAGAGUCAGCCAGAGAGAGAAACUUCGCGGAAAAUCCAUACGCCUCUGGGCAGAAAUCCUUGGAGCCCAACCUAGCCACGCCAGCAACCAGCACAACCACCAGCGCGGAGAAACGUCAGUUCGCCUCGAACAACCAGAACCAGAGAGGAGGAAGUGGCGGUAGGGAGAAGAACACCGGAAGCUGGAGAGGGCGAGGUAAAAGAGGAGGAAACGGCUGGCAAGGAAGAGGUGGCUAUUACGCAAACCACGGUAAUCAGGAGAACUUCCAGCAAGGGAGCUCGUACGGAAACUACGGAGCACCGAGCCAGGGCAAUUUCUUUGCGCCGCACCAGUCGUACCAUCAACAGCCAUAUCAACCAUCGUAUAGAGGUUACGGUUACCAACAACACGGCAACUACAGAAGCUGGACAGAACCAAGUCAUCAGCAAAACAGCUCGUACACGCAGAACACGAACCUAGGAGAGGGAAGCAGCCACGGCAACACUGGAGCAAGGGCGGGAGCAAGCAGUGGAGGUGCGAAAGGAGGUGCAGGUGCAAAAACAGCCCACCUUUUUCAUUCGGCUACGUCCACUCCUGUUUCUCUCGAUCCGUUCUGCAAUUAUAAUAAGCCAGAGGAUAGCUCCACGCAUGCCAAGUAUCCUCAAGGAAUCAUGCCCAUGAUGAGAAUGAGAGAACAGAGAGAUAACUGA